AUGGAACAUCAAUCAGAUUUUCAAACAUUUAAAAAAUCACAUAAACAUCAAUAUAUGAAACAAGAUAUACCUGAUCCAUCCUCUAAGGAAACAGAAAACACCUUUCUUAUCUUUCCAUCUUCUAGAAAAAAUGUAAAAAAUUAUGGAGGAAUUCAACAAUAUUCCACAACACCACAAUUAAAUGAAGAUAAAUUUUCAUCUAUUUGCAAAACAAAGAUGUUUUGUAAUUCAAUUCACAAGAAAUUUUCGAAAAAGAUUUUUAACAAAACUUUUGAAGAUGAAGAUCAUAAAAAUCUUAAUGGUGAACAUAUUUGGUACGAUAAUUAUAAUGCAAUUGAUUGGAUUCAUGAUACUAUUAAAGAUGCAACAAGAGCAAAAAAACUUCGAUCAAUUAAAGGAAUUAGAGGGUGGAUAAGGAAUACAUUUGAUGCUAGUCAAGGAUGGAUUCUCGUAUUUUUUACUGGAUUUAUUACCUCAUGUGUUGCUUAUGUAAUUGAUGUUGUAGAAACCAUUUUUUUUGAUUGGAAAUUUGGCUACUGCUCAGUUACACUAAUUCUAUUAACUUUCAUAACUGAUAAUAUAGAUGAUCUUGUAGGGUGCAAACAGUGGAAUACCUGGGGAAAACAUUUUAAUUUCCCAAGAAAACAACAAUGGAUCAUUGAUUAUCUUGUUUACAUUGCAAUAGCAUUAUUGUUUGCACUAAUAUCAGUCCAAUUAACUAUGACUACUCGUACGACUUUUCCUGUAUCAAUGGAAAAUUCAUCAGAAAAUUUAUCUCAAAAUAUCUCUAUAAAGAAAAAAAAUAACUCUAGAGCGGAGAAAGUAGCGUAUAUGGCAUCCGGUAGUGGUAUUCCAGAGGUAAAAACAAUCCUUUCAGGAUUUACUAUUCAUAAAUUUCUUGGAUUUCGUACAUUAGUUGUAAAAGUGAUAGGACUAACUCUCAGUGUCGCUUCUGGCCUUAAUUUAGGAAAAGAAGGACCAUUUGUACACAUUGCUUGUUGUAUUGGAAAUAUUGCAUGCCGAUUAUUUAAUAAAUAUAAUUAUAAUGAUGGAAAAAGAAGAGAAUUAUUGAGCGCAGCAUCAGCAGCAGGUGUAGCUGUGGCAUUUGGUGCACCAAUUGGUGGGGUUCUAUUUAGUCUUGAAGAAGUAUCUUACUUUUUCCCUUCAAAAACUAUGUGGAGAAGCUUUUUUUGCGCAAUGGUAGCAGCAAUAACCUUAAAAAUUCUUAAUCCCUAUGGAACAGGAAAAGUAGUCUUAUUAGAGACCCAUUAUAGCCAUGAAUGGCAUUCUUUAGAGCUUUUUAUUUUUUUAUUUUUAGGUCUUUUUGGAGGACUAUAUGGUAGUUUAUUUUGCAAAUUAAAUAUACAUUGGGCAAAAACAUUUCGAAGAUUAAGUUUUAUAAAAAAGCAUCCUAUCUUCGAAGUUUUUAUAGUCACUCUUUUUACUGCUAUUAUUUCGUAUCAUAAUCCAUAUACAAAACUUGGUGGAACUGAAUUGGUUUCCCAUUUACUCAAAGAAUGUAACAAUAAUGAACUAAAUGAAGGAUUAUGCCCAGAAAAUAAACUGAUGAUCCCAAAAGUGACAAUACUUCUUAUCUUAGCACUAAUUAUUAAAGGAUCUUUUACAAUUGUGACAUUUGGUACUAAAAUUCCAGCAGGAAUAUUUAUUCCAACAAUGGCUAUUGGUGCAUUAUUCGGAAGAUUUGUUGGCUUAAUUGUGCAGUUUUUUUAUUAUACAUAUCCUAGUGCAUAUAUUUUUUCAAGAUGUCCUCUUGGUGAUCCAAACGAAUGUAUAGUUCCAGGUGUUUAUUCUAUGGUCGGAGCAGCAGCUACUUUAGCAGGCGUAACUAGAAUGACAGUUUCAUUGGCUGUAAUCAUGUUUGAAUUAACAGGAAGUCUUUCAUAUGUUAUGCCAUUCAUGCUAUCUAUUCUUGUAUCAAAAUGGGUCGCUGAUGCUAUAGAGCCACAGGGAAUAUAUGACCUUUUAAUAGAUCUAAAUGAAUAUCCUUAUCUUGAUACUAAGUCCAAAUAUACAUUUUCAUCUUAUUUAUCCGAACUUUUGCCACCUCCAAUAACAGUCUAUCAUACAACAAUUGAUUUAUCUUUUAAUUCUACUGUAUCAUAUACAAAACUUAGAGAUAUGUUGAAAUACGUUAAGAAUGAGGGAUAUAUUGAUGGCGGAUUUCCAAUUGUUUAUAAUAAAACUCUUAUUGGAUAUAUUGCAGCACAUGAAUUAGAACAUGCUUUAGACACAAUCAAAUCUACAGUUUCAAAUGAAGAUAUAGAAAAAAUAGGAUGUUACUUAAUGCCAUUUGGAGUUACAGAUUCUACAUCGAGCCUUGAUACUGGAACCUCUUACUCGUUACCAGAUCCAGCUGAUUUACGGUCUUAUGUAGAUAAAGCACCAAUAAGUUUAAAUAAGGAAGCACCAAUGGAACUUGUUUUUGAAAUGUUCUCUAAACUUGGUUUACGAUAUCUUUGUAUACUUGAUGGAGCAGAAUUCGUAGGAGUGGUUCACAAAAAAAGAUUUGUUAGAUAUUUAAAAGAAAUAGAAAAAGGUUUAUUAUAA